CGCGCGGGCGGCGGCGCGGCGCGGCGGCGGCGGCGGCCUGAGCGGCCAUGUCCGGGGUGGUGCGGACGCUGAGCCGCUGCCUGCUGCCGGCCGAGGCCCGCGAGCGCCGGGCGGCCGGCGGGGCCCGCGACGCGGAGCGCGAGGCGCGGAGGCGCAGCCGCGACAUCGACGCGGGGCUGGCGCGGGAGCGGCGCGCCGUGCGGCGCCUCGUCAAGAUCCUGCUGCUGGGCGCGGGCGAGAGCGGCAAGUCCACGUUCCUCAAGCAGAUGCGCAUCAUCCACGGCCGCGAGUUCGACCAGAAGGCGCUGCUCGAGUUCCGCGACACCAUCUUCGACAACAUCCUCAAGGGCUCAAGGGUUCUUGUUGAUGCACGUGACAAGCUCGGUAUUCCUUGGCAGUAUUCUGAAAAUGAGAAGCAUGGGAUGUUCCUGAUGGCCUUCGAGAACAAAGCAGGCCUACCCGUGGAGCCGGCCACCUUCCAGCUGUACGUGCCUGCCUUGAGCGCGCUCUGGCGGGACUCGGGGAUCAGGGAAGCUUUCAGCCGCAGGAGUGAGUUCCAGCUGGGGGAAUCAGUGAAGUACUUCCUGGAUAACUUGGACCGGAUUGGCCAGCUGAAUUACUUCCCCAGUAAGCAGGACAUCCUGCUGGCGCGGAAGGCCACCAAGGGGAUCGUGGAGCACGACUUUGUGAUCAAGAAGAUCCCCUUCAAGAUGGUGGACGUGGGGGGCCAGCGCUCACAGCGCCAGAAGUGGUUCCAGUGCUUCGACGGCAUCACUUCCAUUCUGUUCAUGGUGUCAUCCAGUGAGUAUGACCAGGUGCUCAUGGAGGACCGGCGCACCAACCGCCUGGUGGAGUCCAUGAACAUCUUCGAGACCAUUGUCAACAACAAGCUGUUCUUCAACGUCUCCAUCAUUCUCUUCCUCAACAAGAUGGACCUGCUGGUGGAGAAGGUGAAGAGCGUCAGCAUCAAGAAGCACUUCCCGGACUUCAAGGGGGACCCACAGCGGCUGGAGGAUGUGCAGCGCUUCCUGGUGCAGAGCUUCGACCGGCGGCGGCGCAACCGCAGCAAGCCGCUCUUCCACCACUUCACCACCGCCAUCGACACGGAGAACAUCCGCUUCGUGUUCCACGCCGUCAAGGACACCAUCCUGCAGGAAAACCUGAAGGACAUCAUGCUGCAGUGAGGGUGUCCUCGCGGCUGCCCCUCCAGUGCCUUCCCGCUACUGAACCCGAGGACGCGCCAAACUACUGAACCCCCGGCACCGCGAGCGCGGCCACGGGGCCGUGUCCGGCUUGUCCAGAAAGCAUGGCCCUGACUGCGUACGCGCGCACACGGCAGUGCCAGGACAGGCUGAGCCCCGCCCUGACCCUGGGCCGUGCCGCUCACUGUGUCCUUCAGGAAGCCCUGGACAUUUCCCUUCGCUCGGCUGCCCUGCGAGCACGGAGAUGCCUCGUCCUCCCGCUGCCGCCCACUGUGCCUUCCGACAGCCGUGCCUCAGUGUGGCACCUCGCAUUUGCAACAGGUGCCGGCGGGUAUGUCGCCACACUCUGGGUCUCUCUCACUGUGCCACACGCGCCUUCCACGCCAGUCCCCACCACCUGCUCCCUGCGGGGUGUCCAGGACCCUUCCUGGCAUUCCCUAGAGAGCAAAGGUUCCCCCUGUAGCUCUCUGGAAUCUUCUGCAGGUCCCCAGCACGCCUGAGGGCCUCAUCCUGGCCGUGCUGUCCCCCGGCCCUAGCCCACUUCACUGAACCCAGUGAUCAUCAGCUGGGGGCAGCUGCAGACCCAGAAAGGGUGGGGACCCGCUGCUGAGUCACAUGUCCUUAAGGAGGAAACAGCACAAAAUUCUUCUGUCUCGGUGCUCCAGACUCACCCCGUGUGUGCUGGGAGGAAGGAAGGGUCUUGGUCCUGCUUCCUGGGGCUCUUCCUAAACAGGAAGUGAGUGACACAGGAAGCAUCAGCCAGGAGCACUUGAUGGGGGUCCCUGUCCCCACACCAGGCUCAGCCCCUGCCCCGGAGUCCUCUGUUCUUGGCCAGCUCCGGCUCACCAGUUCGUAGGGCUCACGGUGCCCCCUGGCCACAGAGGGUGUUUGGUGCUGGGGUCAGCCUCAUGGUGCUGCUGGAGCCAGGAGUCUUACACCUGCCCCCUGCAGCACAUCUGGGUCAGCCCCGCCCGAUGCCCUUCCCUUGAACAGCCUGGUCUGUUCACUCUGCACUUUCCAAACCCGAUGCCUGUAUGUGAGGAGAGGCUGUGACCCCAAGGCACUGACACGGGCAUGACAGGCCAGUGACAACUGCGACCCAUCCCCUGGCAGAGAGGAGAUGUGUUUGCUAGGCCAAGAAAAACCAUCUGCAACUUUGUACACCCAGGUUGUAGCCAUUUUUAUCUCCAAACUUGGGCUUUUCUAUUUUUUUAUUUUAAUUUCACUGUUACCUUGAAUUCUUGUCUUUUGUAUUGAGAUGUUAUGGAGAAACAGGAGAUAGUUGUGCCUCUGCUAUUAUUGCAAAAAUGUAACAAUAAACUUUCUCAAGACAUUUUCCUCCUAGUGAUGGUGUCCACCCACCUUCGAGCCAGCUCCACCUUUCCCAGCCGUGAGGACAAUGUUUCUGCUUUGUCCUUUACAGGAAAGCCCUGGGAUUCUUAGGCCAUUUUUUCCUUCUGUGAUGUUAGGUUGUUUUAACCCUAGAGGAAGCGGUCCGAGGUGGAUCAAGCAGGGCCUCCUCGGGCACCCGCCGGGGACCAUUACUCCAGGCCGCCAGGUGUCUCAGAGCUGGCAACUGCUCCACCUCAACUGAGAGCCAGUGACUGGACUCCACUGUGACUGCAAUUUCAUGUUUGCGCUUCAGUUUUAUCUGUGCAUGCCAAGGAGAUGUCCUGAACACACACACAUACACACACACUUUAGGAGACCGUUCUAAACACACACACACACACACACACACACACACACCCUGGGAGACUGUCCUGAACACACACACACACACACACACACACACACACACACACACACACACACACACACACACACCAGGAAACUGUCCUGAACACACACACACCCCAGGAGACUGUCCUAAACACACACACCCCAGGAGACUGUCCUGAACACACGCACACACACACACACACACACCAGGAGAUUGUCCUGAACACACACACGCACAUACCCCAAGAGACUGUCCUGAACACACACACCCCAGGAAGCUGUCCUGAACACACACAUGCCAAGAGACGUGUCCUAAACACACAUGUCCCAGGAGACUUCUGAACACACACACAUAUACAUACAUAUACACAUACAGGAUGUGUCCUGCACACAUAUACCAUGAGCCUUGUGGAAGACUCUGGCAGCUUCAGGGCCAGCUUGCUCCUUCCCAACUGACCUUUCCAGACAGACCCUCAGGAACUAGCACCUACAGUUUCAGGGAGGGGGAUGAGGUCCAUCCGGCUCCUGGAGCGUCCUCCAUGUCACAGCUACGUGAUGGGCAGAAGCACUAGCACCCAUCCUGUGUGCUCCCUCUGACACCUGUGCAGGGUUGCAAGUGUGGGGGUCACUGUACCAUUCUGACAGCGGGUUCCUGCUGAGCAGGGCCCACACCUUCCUGGACGGUGGCUGCCUCGGGCCGUGUGCCAGAGCACUCCAGGGCCAACUCCUGCUCUCCCUGCCUGCCUCCAUGAAGGCUGGCAUGGGGGCACUGCUGGGUGGACAGCAGGUCCCUACUGUGGCUGCCAUCUCCUGCUGUCUUUGAAGCUGGUGCAGUUACUGGCGAUUCUCAGUGGGCUUCCUGAGCAAGCCCAUCCCCAUAGCUCACAGCACUGGGCUCAGGGGAGGGCAAAGGGAUGCAGAUGGAGGGGUAACUAAAAGCUGACUCCCAAGUGGCAGAUAAGCCAGCAUGGCAGCCACAGUUCUGGGGGCUUGGGGGCUCCAUCCCAUCUGCGUUUGGGAUCAGAGGUCAUCUGACCCGUGGUCCCUUCUGCGCUGAGCAGCCAGGCUGGGGGCAUCCCUGGUCUCUGUACAUCCACAUGGGGUCUGUUUGGUGACUGAGUGUGAAGCGUCUGCCUGCCCCUUCCUCUCAGGCCAGCUCCAGUGGAUGAGCCCAGGUGACCGGAAGCACCACCUCUGAUUAAUGUGCUGAGGACACCUCGCACAUUUGGGGCAUGGUGGGAUCCUGAGAAGGAAAGUCAGUGUCCGCGCCCAGUGCAGGCCAAGGAGCUUUGCGUCUGCAAGAGGUUGGGAGGCUCUGCCCGCGAGAUUUCACGAGUCACAUCAAGGCCUCAUCAUGGCCACUCCCUCCCCCCCAAGUCUUGCUGAGCUCCAUCAUGUGCACACAUGCACACAUACACAACAUACACACAUUGUCUGCACAGGCUGUGUGAACUGACAGCAGAACUUAAGUCACAGUGCAGGUGACAUGCUUGUAAAUACGGCUUUUCUCAAUCUAUUAAAAUUGGCCUGAGAAAAAACUA